UUAAUACCCGCACGGUUGUGCGGGUCCAAAUCUAGUUUAGUGUUAAAAUAUUUGUAUGUAUUCUUUCUAAAACUAGUUAAAGUUUUCUUCUUGUUGUAUCAAAUAAUAGUAUUGUGUUAGUUGUAAACAUGUAUUCAAAAGGUUGUAUUAAGUAAUAUUCUUUCAUUUGACCAAAAAAUAAUAUCUCUCAAAAAUAUAGAAUAUUUUAGAUGGUUUUGUAUAUUAAUUUAGUAACGAAACGAACAUAGGUGUUAUGUGGAGUGGGCAGUUUAUAAUCUAAAUGUCGAUGUCGUCUUUGUUGGUAUGCAGAAAAGUCCAGGGAAAAUGGAAAAUAAUUAGAUUGUUGAUUGCAACUAUAUAUAUGAUACGAUUAAACAAACUAAUUAUAUAUGAUGUAAUAUUGCUGACAAAAAGAAAAUUAUAUAGUAAUGAUGUAAUAUUAUCGAAAUUCAAACAUGUCGUUAUCCAUAGUUGUUACGUAUAUAUACACAGUGAUUAUAUUACGUUAUCAAUAAAACCGUAAGUUCAAUAUGUAUACGUAUAGGUGAUUCACGUGGUAUGACCAUAUUCUAGAUUUCCAAACUGUCGAAAAGAUGUAAAUACAUUUAAAAAUAAGAUACGCACUCAUACGAACCAACAUAUAACUUUUAAAUAUGCUUCAUAUGUAGACUCAACCAUUUUGAUAGCCGGGGAGCCAAACACAAACGUCGUCGGUAACCAAAUGUAUUAAAUAAUAACAAUUCUCCUAUCAUCAAAUUCUGCAUUCCAAAGUGUUUGCUAGAUAGUUAAAGGAAGUUUGAUGUACUAGUUUUUUGUUAUAAUUCAAAUAUUCAAUAAUUAGUAUGUAUGGUGGACAAACCCACAAGAGUUUUCUUGCAGGGAAGAAAUACGACAAACUGAUCAUUAAUCACCUAUCUACUCACAUAUCCACACAUGGACCAUUCUUCUUUUUUUUGCUAAAACACAUGGACCAUUCUUCUUAAUUUCUGACUUGAUAUGUUGAAUUCAAUCCACAGUUCAUACUAUAUGAAGAGAGAAGAAAAGUCCUAGAUACGAAAGAGUUGCUUCCCCACCAAAUAAGCUAGUGAAAAUUAUCGACAAAAACAUUAAAAACCAGUUCAACUUGAUAACAUUUCUAUCGACAACAAAUAUGAGAACAAUCUUAAUUUUUUGGUUUUUCACAAAACUUAGUUAUCAGUUUUAAACAUGCGUGAAGUAAAUAUGACGUCUGCAUGAUAUUAAUUAUUACUUAUCAAAAAAAAAAUGAUAUUAAUUAUUUGUGAUUAGCUACUAUGUAUAAUACAUAAAAAAAAUUUAUAAGGGUUGGUUGCGAUCCGCCCCAGAUGAAGGUUAAAACCACAGCAAGGAGAAAUAAAUUAUCAAAGUUAAUGACUUAAAGGACAGACAAUAACUUAGCUUUGCUACCAUUUGAAUAUAACAUUCAAAGUCUAGCAUUUGACUGUUGAAUCUUAUCAUAAAUUUUCAAUAAAAGAUACAAAUAAUAGAAGGUGCCUGCAACAAUCUUAGUACGAAUACAUUGAUCAUCUUGGGUAAAUAUCAAAAUAAAUAAAUAAGUUUCAAAAAAAAUCAAAAUAACUAAUAACUUUUCAAAGGAGGAAGAGAGUCAAAGAAACAUAAUAUCCAAAUUUUCAACUCCAUGACUUUUUUUAAUUUCUUCGACAUGGAAAAGAGACAAACACUGAAUGGGAUCUAUCAGUAUCAGGUUUCUAUAAAGAGUAUGUUCAUAUUCGAACAGAGAAAAAAAAUAAACAACAAUCAAAACUAGAAAGACUGCAAGUUAUAACGUAAGAAACGUUAGCCGUUGGUAUAUUCAUGUCUGGAAGAGAGUAACCGUCUAUUCUAUGCUUCCACGCAGGCAGCCGCUAUUGCCUCAAAGGUUUCACACUGCCUACUAACGUGGUUGCAUUUUCUUCAUCUUUUGUUUUCCCCGAAGAUAUUGGGCCCUUUCGUAUACUUAAGCUUAGAUUAAUGAGCUUCACGCAUAGGCCCAUUACGUCGAAACCAUUGUUAUAAAACCUAGAUGAAUUUUAUACAACUACCUUUACGAUGACUGGCCAUAAUUUAUAAGGCUAAUUCGACUGGUGAAUUGUCACAUAUAUUAUCUUAGAUAAUAACCAUUGUAGAAGGCCAUAGUUCCGGUGACUUGAUUGAUGAUAUAUCAUCUUCAGCAUGCGUCUCAAACAAAACAUGAGUGACUCCCAGAGCUUCAUCACACUCUCCAUUGCCCAUUUGCACUAACUUUCUGUUUGAAAACUUGAGGACUGCCUUAAUAUUGCUUAAUUUAGUUCCAAACCAUAUCUCAGAGAUCUCUGAGGGGUUCCUAGCUCAAAAUCUAGCACAAUCCACUUCCACGUGCGUUUAUCCUUCUUCCCUGCUCCAUCACUGUUGCACUUCAAGACAACAAACGUACGGAGUAGACCGCUUGCACUAUUUUUUUUUCCUUUUUUUUAUAAACCACUUACACUAUUCUAUAUAUGUUAAUAUGCUAUGUUAUUAUUACUAUCGGUCGUUUAUUUGGCUAUCACAAGUUUGAAUUGUAUUACGAUAUAUACAAAUCCAUAUUCAAAUAUAAAAUAUAUUCCUUAUUAUCUUCUUUCAUUUUCUCUCUUAGGGUUUCACCUAAACUAUUAUACAAUAUAUCCUCCUUGUUUCAUCGAUAGGAAAGCAUCUCUUCUUUCAAUCUUAAUAAAUGGAAGAAAUCUUGAUUUCAUAUUAAAAUACUAAAAGAUUUUGAAAGCAUGUUGCUAGAUAGGCCUAUUGCUAGAGAUUGAUUAAGAUUUUAUGUUCACGGUACAAUUAAGAGAAAAUGACAUGCAUUUACUAAAGAAAAACAAAAAUCAUGGAGUAUAACUAAUGUGCUGAUGUUGGAAAUAGAGUCCGAGACUCCGGUGGGGAUGUGGUCCAUUACCAGUAGGCACGACGGUCCACGAUUAAUUGGUAUUACGACAACAUAAUUAAUUGCAAAACGAUACGAAGUCAUGAAUCAAUAGAGAAAGUUGAAACACUAGUUUUUUUCCAUAGGUAAAUGAUAUAAAAAUAUUAAAGGUUACCAAAGGUUUUUUCCCGACAAUUUCUUGAGACUUGUCUGCUUCAAAUUCAAUAGAACAUUGAACUCUGAUAACAAUCCGACCUUAAUUUACAUCGUAUAUGACAAAAAAAAAACGUAAUUUAACUUGUUGGAUAGUGAAGAAUAAAACGUCAUCUUACACAAAUCAUGUGCAGAGAAAGAAGUCAUAGGAGUUGUGAUUUGACAAAUCCACCCUCAAAUCAUUGUUUGCAGAGUUCUUUUCAGAUAAGGUACAGAUCAGAAAGCACCUCUAGAAAUCUAGCAAUAGAUCUCAUCGCUAAAUAAGAAGAUCUCCACUUGUGGGUCCCAUUGAAUCCAACAUAAUGUCCCAGAACUUGCCACGUGGCGUUCAUUCUUAAAGGUUACAGUACUGUUGUCCUUACAGAAUCAUUAUCUCCUUCGCUGUAAUAUCUCUAUCUGGCUUUAAAGUCUUUAUACUCCUGUCGCUUUCUGUCUUUACCAAAAGAAGUAAAGAACCUUGCUCUCUCUCUCUCUCUCUCCUCUCUGCUUCUUCUCUGUUUCUUUCAUGUUUUAUGAGAGUUUCUUAACAAUGUCUAAUAUUUAGUUUUAUCACGUAAAGCUAGUGAGAGGAAAGAGAAAAUUCUGGUGUGGAAUUUCUACUUCCAUUAAUCAGGUUUCGAUCUUCUUCAACUUCUGAUUCGGCCAGAAACUUUCCAAAUCUGAGAUCUGACAUGGAACAUCAAGGUUGGAAUUUUGAGGAGAAUUACAAUUUGUCCAACAAUAGGAGACCUUUAAGGCCACAAGAUGAACUAGUAGAGUUGUUAUGGCGAGAUGGGCAAGUGGUUCUACAGAGCCAAACUAACAGAGAGCAAACCCAAGCCCAAACUGUGAAACAUGAUCAUCAUCAAGAAACCCUAAGAUCCCAAACAUUUCUUGACGAUCAAGAAACCGUCUCUUGGCUACAAUACCCUCCAUAUGAAGACCAAUUCAUAACCGACGGCUUCUCAUCUCAUUUCUUCUCAACCGGUAAUCCCCUGGAGAGACCAGCCCCAGAGACGGUUAAGCACGAGGCCGGUCCUGACCCUCCAGAUCAGGCCAUGCCUCCUCCUAAGUUUAGGUUAACGAAUUCAUCAUCAAGUGUCAAAGAACUAGGAAAGGAACAAUACUCGGUGGUGACCGUUGGACCGAGCCAUUGCGGAAGCAGCCAAUCUCAUAACAAUCUUGAUGUCUCAAUGCGUCAUGAUCGGAGCAAAACUGUCAAUGAAAGGCUUUACCAUAACGCAGGUUCAUCAUCAGGUGGCUCCUCUGGUUGCAGCUUUGGCAAGAACAUCAAAGAAAUGGCUGGCGUACAAAGCAUUACAACAGACCGUAAGAGAAAACAUAUAAUAGACACUGAUGGAUAUGUGUCUCAGUCAGAUGUAAUAGGUAACAAAUCGAACCAACCAUCAGGAUCAACGCGCAGGAGUCGAGCAGCUGAAGUUCAUAAUCUCUCCGAAAGGAGGAGAAGAGAUAGGAUCAAUGAGAGAAUGAAGGCUUUGCAAGAACUAAUACCUCACUGCACUAAAACCGAUAAAGCAUCCAUUUUGGACGAAGCCAUAGACUACAUGAAGUCACUUAAGUUACAACUUCAAGUUAUGUGGAUGGGGAAUGGAAUGGCUGCUGCUGCGACAGCUCCGAUGAUGCUCCCUGACGUACAACCUCAGCCGUUCAUCCGCCAGAUGCAGAGCCCGGUACAGCUGCCUCGAUUUCCGGUUAUGAACAAUCCCGGUAUAGUUUGUCAAAACCCGGUACAAAACCAAGUUUUCUCCAAUCGGUUUGAUAGAUACAUUGGCGUAUUCCCACAGAUGCAGGCUGCGUCUCAGCCGAUGGCGAUGCUGAGAUUUGGUUCUCAGGCGGGACAGCAAAGUCAACAACCGUCUGCGCCGACGAAGACAACCGACGGUUCUCGUUAGAGCUACAAAACUGACGUUGCACUUUUCUUUUCUUUUUGGUUUAUUUAUUUAGAUAACCUUAUGAACAUGAUUAAAACGUUAUUUUCUGUAUAUGCGAGUUUAUGUAACGUGUAAUUUUUAUCAAAAUGACAUGAGCUUUUUGUAAUUCUGUAGAACCUUUAAAAGUAAAAUACAUGUUUGGUAUCUUUUGGUA